AUGGCCCCUGCCAGCCUUUUAUUCCUCCUUGUCGCAGCAAAUCUCCUGCGACUCGCCCCCCAGACAGCUGCCGCGGUAAACAGAACCAUUGACGAUUCAAGCGUUGAGUUUACAUUCGCUGGAAACUGGCUUGCCAAUUCCUGCUCCAAAUGCAACCCCCAACCAGACUCAGGGCACGCCCUUAAUGGAACCUGGCAUACUAACGACGACGACGGCGCGACUAUGCGAUUGCAAUUCACAGGUUCCGCUAUCUGGUUGUUUGGAAUCCUUGCUCCAGCCGCAACGCAAGGCUCACUCACCAUCACGCUCGACUCGCAAUCACCGGUGGCGUAUAACGUUUCCGGAAAUUCCAAUUCAUCGUAUAUAUAUGACAAGCUGUUAUUCUCUGCAUCCUCUCUGUCGACUUCGACCCACAAUUUGACCCUCGAGGCUGGCGUAGGCAGUCCCUCUGGUCAUUCGAUCCUAAUCGAUUAUGCGGUCGUCAACGUUGAUUUCCUAUCGACCGCCACCACUUCCGAGUUCGGAGUACCUACAAUCAGUGGCGCUUCCGGCGGCGCGUCCACUAGCAGUAGUCGUUCUCAAGUAGGUCAAACAAUCGGGGCCGUUAUAGGGACGCUUGUAGGUCUCGCCAUCAUCGGCAUACUUAUCCGUCGCUAUCGUCGACCUUUCCCUGAGAUAUGUACACCACCGCAACCACCUGCCACAUAUUGCGAGGAAACUAGGGUUGUAUUUCCUGUGACAGUCAGUGUGAGACCUGUAACAGCGUACGAUACUGAACCUCCUCCAGUGUACCGUCCGUGA